CCUCCAUUAAGAACCCUGUCAAAGCAACCUCAUAGCCAGCAACAUGGUUGAGUGGACAGACUUUGAGCGCGCCACAAUCCAAAGCAUCUUCUCAAAGAUGGACUACGAUGACGUGGGCCCCGCGGCUCUUUCCAGGUGUCUGGUUGUGUACCCCUGGACCCAGAGGUAUUUCGGUAACUUUGGAAACCUGUACAACGCCGCUGCCAUCCAGGGAAACCCAAUGGUCGCCGCUCACGGAAAGACCGUCCUGCGCGGACUGGACCGGGCUGUCAAGAACAUGGAUGACAUCAAGGCCACCUACGCAGAGCUGAGCGUGCUGCACUCCGAGAAAUUGCGCGUGGAUCCAGACAACUUCCGGCUGCUGGCUGACUGCCUUACUAUUGUCGUUGCUGCGAGAAUGGGUGCUGACUUCACCGCUGAUGUCCAGGGCGCUUUCCAGAAGUUCCUGGCCGUCGUGGUGAGCUCCCUGGGCAGACAGUACCACUAGAGCCCCUCCACUCCGAGACGGAAGACCACCAGAGGACCAACAAGCCCGGAGGACCAACAAGCUAAGAGAACAAACAAGCGCAGAUCAUUUGUUUAGAGGCACAUGUUGUUCCUUCUACUAAAGCAAAUAAAAUC